GAAUCGAUCCACCGAAAUACAGUGAUUAGAACUUGAAAAGACAGAUCAUCAUUGUCGUCGUCGGAAGGAGAUACAGAGAGAAAGCCCGAGAGGAGAAGAGGGGGGGAACCAUGGGUUGGGGACGUGCGAUCUACGAGGGAGUGGUGGUGGUGGGGUCGCUCUCGCUUCUGGGCUGGGCUGGGCUGUGGUUCUUGAACCGUAGGCUCUACAAAGAGUACGAGGAGAAGAGGGCACUCGUUCAGAUCAUCUUCAGCGUCGUCUUCGCCUUCUCCUGCAACCUCCUCCAGCUCGUCUUGUUCGAGAUCAUCCCCAUUCUCUCCAAAGAGGCUAGAUGGGUGAACUGGAAGGUGGAUCUAUUCUGUUUGAUUCUGUUACUAGUCUUCAUGUUGCCUUAUUAUCACUGUUACUUGAUGCUUUGCAACAAUGGUGUGAGAAAGGAACGGGCUGCACUUGGUGCUAUCUUAUUCUUGUUGGCAUUUCUAUAUGGUUUUUGGCGCAUGGGCAUUCAUUUUCCAAUGCCUUCACCGGAUAAAGGUUUUUUCACAAUGCCUCAAUUGGUUAGUAGAAUUGGUGUCAUUGGCGUGACUGUCAUGGCCGUCUUAUCUGGUUUUGGUGCUGUGAAUCUUCCGUACAGUUAUCUAUCUCUCUUCAUUAGAGAAAUUGAAGAAACAGAGAUUAAGGCCCUGGAAAGACAACUGAUGCAGUCAAUUGAAACAUGUGUUGCCAAGAAAAAGAAAAUCAUUCUUUCUCAAAUGGAGAUGGAGCGAAUCCAAGGAUCAGAAGAGAAGUUAAAAGCUAGGUCUUUCCUAAAGCGAAUCGUUGGCACAGUUGUGCGAUCUGUACAAGAUGACCAAAAGGAGCAAGAUAUUAAAAGCAUGGAAGCAGAGGUACAAGCUUUAGAAGAGCUUUCAAAGCAGCUAUUCUUGGAAAUCUACGAGCUUCGCCAAGCCAAGGAAGCUGCUGCUUAUUCAAGGACCUGGAGGGGUCACCUGCAGAAUCUACUGGGUUAUGCCUGUUCUGUCUAUUGUGUUUACAAAAUGAUAAGGUCUCUGCAGAGUGUUGUCUUUAAGGAGGCUGGUUCAGUUGAUCCUGUGACAAAGAUGAUUAGCAUAUUCUUACAGUUCUUUGACAUUGGUGUUAAUGCUGCAUUAUUAUCGCAGUAUAUAUCCCUCUUAUUCAUUGGAAUCUUGGUGGUUAUAUCAGUGCGAGGAUUCCUGUCGAAUCUAAUGAAGAUACUGAAAAGAGUGUGGACUACCUUGGAGGAGGUCGAGUAGCAUUGUCAAUCCUUAUUUCCGGGCACCGGCAUAGCAUUGCCUUUUCUCUACCACUGGGUUAGCAAAUAUACUUGGCUUCUAUGUGCUUUUAGAGAAGACCGACACAUUUCAGGUUUUUCGUUGCUAGUGAAAUCUAGAACCUAGACUUGGAGUGAUAUAACUUGGGGGUCAAUGGAGGCUAAUGCAUUAUUUCCAGGUGUCAAAGAUGAAAGAGUCUUGUGGUUGGAGGCCACAAUCAGGGAACUCCCUUUUGCUUGGCUUGACUAUAUAAGGGCAGCUCCAGUUCCGGUACUGUUGGUAGUAGUGCCAUGUAUCAGUUUUGGAAGCAUUGAAUGAACCAGAGAUAGAGUUUAUUAAUGCAGUCACCUCAAGCUGCUAGCGACCACCCCCAGGCAACCAUUCCGGCUUACCUCCACCAUCCAUCGACCAACUCUCUCCUGCCAGAAACCUUUCCAGCUACCCCGGCACUUGUUUUCAAAGCAAGUUUUUGGAGCUUGUUUGCGCGAAACAUGUUUAUUUGUUGUUUCUUUAACUUGCUAAACAAAAAAUACCUUGGUGACUUCCAUUGCUCCCUAAACCUAUAGAAUGUUGAUUUGACCAAUCAUUUCCCCCCUUAUGGUGCAGCCCUACCUAUGUGACAUGGACUUGUGUACAUGGGUAGAUAUAGCUGGGUUUGGUGUUCUGUUUAGAGAUUUUAGUGAACAAUGAACAUCAUUUUUAACAAGUAAUUAGGUGAUUGACGUGUUUGUUUCCCCAUGACUCUAGGAAUGGUCUUAACCAAAUAUUCAUUCAAAAUAAGCCAUGUUUAGUGAACACCAUGUUAAAUUUGACUAUGUUGAUUUGUAAGAUUUUCCUGCCUAACCUGCAGCUAUUGGAUGUGUGCAGUUUUUCUUUGCAGUUUCUAGAGUUGGGAGCGGAUCAUCAAGCAAUGUUGUUCUUCUUCUCUCUGAAAUUAUGGGAAUGUAUUUUCUGUCUUCUAUUCUUUUAAUCAGGAAAAGCCUAGCAACUGAAUACAGGUAUGUGUAAAUCUUUCAGGAUCCUGAAGUUGACCCGUCUCGGAAGAGGAAUAGAUAGUAUUUUUUGUUUAGGUUCCAAAAUUUGAUGACUUAAAUUGUUUAGAUAACUCUGGUAUCUUAUAGUAGUAGUUUCCAAAAUCCACAUUCCACAAGACCUAUACACUUGAUACAGGAAACCAUCAUAUACUUUUCAGCUUUUUUCAUUGUAUUAGUCAUUGGUAAGUUGAUUGAAUGGAAAGGUAAAAUACAGAUACUAGGUUGGAGGCACCAUUAUAUGGAUAUUAUCAACAUGACUGCAUGUGAUUGUACUCUAGAAAUUUUUUGAAGAUGCUUUUUUUACUGGAUAUAAUGGUCUGAUUUUGAUUCCCUUAUCUGCUUCCCGCAUUCCCAUUGAGUGCAUUUAGAAGAUGAUUGCUUCUGAACUUGUCAGUAUACUGGUCGUCAGUUUAUCCGGUUAGCUUGCAAAACGUGGAACUACUAAUUUGGUAUUGGUUGUCUGAACGGUUUUCCCCGGCAGGAUAAUUAUAACAGAUGUUUUGGGUGGUGACAUUCAGUUUGAUUUUUACCACCGGUGGUUCGACGCAAUAUUCGUUGCCAGUGCUUUCCUCUCUCUACUUUUGCUUUCUGCACAUUAUACAUCUCGCCAAGCUGACAAACAUCCGAUUGAUUAGCACAUCCCUGUGUAUUUAUUUUUGGAAGCACACUUGGCUUGUAGAUAUCAAUUCAAUGCGAAGGAAGGUCUAUUGAGACUUCCCUGGUAUGUGAACAAGAACCUAGUUAGCUCCCCUGAAGCAAUGUUUGCAUCUCUAAUCAGAAGUUUGGAAACAUCGAUGGGGUUCGAUAGCACAUACUUCGGAGGGGGGUGAAUUUUUGUAUCGACUUUACACAUGGUUUUGUAACUCACACGCGUAUACUUCACUGGCGUCCAAUGUUUUUGGGUGCAUCUAUACUACAUGAUGUAUCAAAGAUUCAAAUGGCUUCUAAUUGAUUGUAAAAUUUGAAAAUGUAACAUUAUCAGGACCCUAGGAGUCCCUCAGUUGCAUGGGUAGAUAUUGUUACUUCUGUGUCUAUUGUUGCCGCAUUGUUUUUUGAUGGUAUUGGCAGUUUAGCACUUCUAUUAUCCAGUAAUAGUAUCUCUUUUCUCUUGA